CACGUGAGCAUUUAAAUGGACUCUAACAUCUGUAGAGCGCUUACUACGGGGUCUAGGAUCAAUAUUUCAUUCUUAAUCCUCAAAGCUGCUGUGAGACAGGUACCUUGACAACCGCAGGGACCAAGAGAUGGGACCCACGUGGCCAGAAUUCCGGGUCCGCCCAGCAGCACUCGUCACUCGGGUGCCACCUCCGACCCUGCCCAAACCAGCGCCGAAGGACACCGAGGCGCCGGAGGGCGUAGGGCGGCUGCGCGAAGAGGCGGUGUUCGGUCCCGGCAUGCCUUGCGCACGCUGGAAGAUGGCGGCGCCCGCUCUGUGGCCUUGCCCGGGCCUUCUGCGGUUCUGGCCCCGUGGGCUGCGGGGCACCCUCUCUGGCGCCCGGGGCCUGUUGACAGCCCCGAGGGCUCGGGGCCUGUUCAAGGACUUCUUCCCGGAGAGCGGCACGACGGAGCUCCCGGAGCUCCUGGACCGCCGCAGGGCGGGCUCCUCGCCCCAGACCGUGUACUGCGGCUUCGACCCCACGGGCGACUCUCUCCACGUGGGGCACCUGCUGGCCCUCAUGGGCCUGUUCCACUUCCAGCGAGCCGGACACAACGUGAUCGCGCUCGUGGGCGGCGCCACGGCACUGCUGGGAGACCCGAGCGGCCGGACCAAGGGACGCGCGGCGCUGAGCGCGGAGCAGGUGCAGGCCAACGCGAGCGCCCUGCACCGCGGGCUCCAGACCCUGGCGGCCAACCACGCGAGGCUCUUCGCGGACGGCCGGCCCUGGGGCACCUUCACGGUGCUGGACAACGCCACCUGGUUCCAGAAGGAGCAGCUGGUGGACUUCUUGGCCACGGUGGGCGGUCACUUCCGCAUGGGCACCCUGCUCAGUCGGCUGAGCGUGCAGGCUCGACUCAAAAGCCCCGAGGGCAUGAGCCUGGCCGAGUUCUUCUACCAGGUGCUCCAGGCCUAUGACUUCUAUUACCUGUUCCAGCGGUACGGGUGCCGGGUCCAGCUGGGCGGGUCCGAUCAGCUGGGCAACAUCGUGUCUGGAUACGAGUUUAUCCACAAGUUGACCGGAGAAGAUGUAUUUGGAAUCACUGUCCCUCUAAUUACGAGUACAACUGGAGCUAAGCUGGGAAAGUCUGCUGGCAAUGCGGUUUGGCUAAACAGAGAUAAAACUUCUCCAUUUGAAUUAUAUCAGUUCUUUGUCAGACAGCAAGAUGAUUCUGUAGAAAGGUAUCUGAAGCUCUUCACUCUCUUACCCCUUCCAGAGAUUGAUCACAUUAUGCAGCUGCACCUCAAAGAACCAGAAAAGCGAGGUCCUCAGAAACGACUUGCUGCAGAAGUAACAAAGCUUGUCCAUGGACAAGAAGGGCUGGAUUCUGCUAAAAGGUGUACACAAGCCCUUUACCAUAGUAGUAUAGAUGCACUGGAGGUCAUGUCUGACCAAGAGUUAAAAGAAUUAUUUAAAGAAGCUUCAUUUUCUGAAUUAGUUCUUGACCCUGGAACAAGCGUCCUAGACACAUGCCGUAGAGCAAAUGCCAUUCCAGAUGGUCCCCGAGGGUAUCGGAUGAUAACUGAAGGUGGAGUCAGUAUAAAUCACAGACAGGUAACAAAUCCUGAGAGUGUUUUAAUACUUGGACAGCACAUUCUCAAGAAUGGACUUUCCUUACUUAAAAUAGGAAAAAGGAAUCUCUACAUUAUAAAAUGGCUUCAGUUGUAAAAACUUUUGUUCAAACUUGUCCCAUUCAUUUUCAAAACAUGAAAGGUUUUCAAAAACCAGAGUGGCGUGUACACUGGGCCUCAUGGUGUAAAUGGUAUCAUGUUUUUUUUUAAUAAAUGUUAUUUAAUCGUAGUUUA